AUGAACAUCCGAAAUCGUAGGGCCGCCUCCCCCGGGGGGCCUGCCGACUCUACUUCAGCAGCUAUUCUUCCUCUCAGGGCUCUGGGUCCCCCUGAUGCCGAUGGAAAUCAGCCCCUUCAAUAUUGGCCCUUUUCUACUAGUGAUUUAUACAACUGGAGGACCCAGAAUGCCCCAUUUUCAGAGAGACCUAAAGAGCUUAUUAAUUUGUUAGAAACUGUUCUGUUUACUCAUCAACCUACGUGGGACAAUUGUCAGCAGCUACUCCAGAUAUUAUUCACCACAGAAGAAAGAGAAAGGAUCCAGCUAGAGGCACGGAAACUGGUGCCAGGAGAUAAUGGGCAACCCACGGCUAACCCUGCGACGAUUAACUCUCCCUUCCCUUUGUCUAGGCCACAGUGGGACUAUAACACGGCGGAAGGUAAGGAGUGGCUCUGGGUCUACCGCCAGACUCUGUUGGGGGGUCUCAAAGCGGCCGCUCACAGGCCCACUAAUUUGGCUAAGGUAGGCAAUGUACAGCAAGGGAGAGAAGAGAGUCCUGCGGUGUUCCUGGAGAGACUGAUGGACGCAUUCCGUCAGUACACUUCCAUGGACCCUGAGGCAGAGGAUACUACUAGGUCAGCCUUAAUGAUGCAUUUUAUUAAUCAGCCAGCCCCAGAUAUAAGGAAGAAGUUACAGAAGAUAGAUAGAUUAGGUGAAAGAUCUAUUCAAGAUCUGAUGGCAGUAGCAGAGAAAGUUUAUAAUGACCAAGAGACACCUGAAGAGAAGCAGACUAGAGCUGCCGACCGGCAGACCCGAAAUAUGGCUCGCAUUCUCCUGGCCGCCACCAGCGCCCAGCCGAAUGAAUGAGCGAAGAGACUGAGACAACUGGCAGAAAGUAAGCCGAAACCUAACCCCCAGGGAAAACCAAAGUUAGGACGGAACCAGUUUGCAUAUUGUAAAAAAGAAGGAUAUUGGGUUAAGGAUUGCCCUAAAAAGUUCAAACAAGGAACCUACGUUUUGGCUCUGGGGGACCUGAGCAACUAGGGGAGACGGGGCCCAGAACCCCUCCCCGAGCCCAGGGUAACCUUAAAAGUGGAAGGGACCCCAAUUGAGUUUUUAGUGGACACUGGGGCAGAACAUUCUGUCCUGCUUGACCCAUGGGGAAAACUCUCUUCAAAGACUUCAUGGGUGCAGGGGGCCACUGGUAUGAAAAAAUAUUCAUGGACUACCCGAAGAAACCUAGAUCUGAGCACGGGCCGGGUAUCCCACUCUUUCAUGGUCAUACCAGACUGCCCCUACCCACUGCUUGGCCGAGACUUGCUAACCAAAAUAGGAGCCCAGAUCCAUUUCUCACCUGAGGGGGUGAAUGUUACGGACCUGGCCGGUAGGCCGGUACAAGUUCUAACCAUGCAAAUAGAAGAUGAGUACAGAUUACACCAAGGCCCCUUCGAAGUAGCCCCUGAGGCUGAUAUGCAACAGUGACUUAAUGAAUACCCACAAGCCUGGGCAGAAACCAGAGGUCCAGGCUUAGCCAAACAUCGGCCCCCAAUCUAUAUUGAAUUAAAACCAGGAGCAGAAGCCGUCAGAGUCAAGCAAUAUCAGAUGCCACAAGAGGCACAAAGGUGUAUUCACCCUCACAUACGCAGGCUGUUGGCUCGGGGCAUCUUACGCCCAUGCGAAUCCAACUGGAAUACCCCCCUUCUCCCAGUCAGAAAGCUGGGGUCCAAUGAAUACAGGCCAGUGCAGGAUUUGAGACAAGUUAACCAACGGGUGAUGGACAUCCACCCCACAGUACCAAACCCCUAUACUCUUUUGAGCUCUUUAAACCCCAAUCACCAGUGGUAUAUGGUACUGGACUUAAAAGAUGCUUUUUUUAGCCUCCCCCUGGCACCCAAAAGCCAGAAUAUUUUCGCCUUCGAAUGGUCAGAUCAAGAGGAAGGCAUUCAUGGGCAACUAACUUGGACGAGACUACCACAAGGAUUCAAGAACUCGCCCACGAUCUUCGAUGAAGCAUUACAUGAGGACCUGGGUGAGUACUGUAUCCAACACCCACGGGUUACCUUGCUACAGUAUGUGGACGACCUUUUGUUGGCUACAGAAUCCCAACAAACCUGUCUGGAAGCAACCAGAGACUUGUUGUAUACUUUAGGUGAGCUGGGAUAUCGGGCCUCCGCAAAGAAAGCACAAAUUGGCAGACAAGAGGUUCAUUACCUGGGAUACAUAUUAAAAGAAGGACAGCGGUGGCUGUCCAAAGCUAGAAAAGAGACUGUGUUAAAGAUCCCUAAGGCCCAGAGUCAACGCGGAAUUAGAGAAUUUCUGGGGUCCGCUGGAUUCUGUAGAUUAUGGAUCCCAGGUUUUGCUGAAAUGGCAAAACCACUAUACCAGGCAACAAAAGAGACUAUACCAUUUGCCUGGAGAGAAAUGGAUAAAGCCUUCCAGGACAUUAAGGCAGCCCUCCUGUCAGCCCCUGCCCUAGGUCUACCUGACGUCACUAAGCCCUUCCUUCUCUAUGUAGAUGAGAACAGAGAGGUAGCCAAAGGGGUGUUACUCCAGAAACUGGCAAGACCAGUGGCAUAUCUUUCAAAAAAACUGGACCCAGUGGCUAGUGGAUGGUCCCCCUGCUUGCGUAUGGUGGCUGCUGUGGCCUUGUGAAAAGACGCUGGCAAAUUAACCCUGGGACAAGAACUGCAAAUAACAACCCCACAUGCCAUAGAGGGUAUAUUGAGACAACCUCCAGAUAGAUGGAUCAGUAACGCUAGACUGACCCAUUACCAGGGACUACUACUAAACCCUACGAAGAUCAUUUUUCAGCUGCCGACUACCUUGAACCCAGCCUCACUCCUGCCGGAUCCAGACCUGGACGCUCCACUACAUGACUGUGCUGACAUCCUGAUUCAGGGGCGAAAAAAAUGCAGGAUCUCGUCAGAACUGCAGAUUGUCAUCAAAGACUACUGGGCGAAAAUAGAGAAAAUUGCCUCAGACUGUAAGGCUUGCCUGCUAACAAACCCAACAAAGACUUCAGGAGCAACUAAAGGAGCCAGAGAAAGGGGAACACGCCCUGGAGCCUACUGGGAAGUAGACUUUACUGAGGUAAAACAGGGACAAUAUGGAUAUAGAUACCUGCUAGUCUUCAUUGAUACUUUUUCUGGAUGGGUAGAGGCCUACCCAACAAAACAGAAGACAGCCCAGGUAGUAACAAAAAAAAUCUUAGAAGAGAUCCUGCCACGGUUCGGAUUCCCUGCACAGGUAGGUUCCGAUAACGGUCCCACCUUUGUCUCCAAGGUAAGUCAGGGACUGGCGGCGGUUCUGGGGACAAAUUGGAAAUUACAUUGUACCUAUCAACCCCAGAGUUCAGGGCAAGUAGAAAGAAUGAACAGAAUUUUAAAAGAGACCUUGACCAAAUUAACCCUAGAGACUGGCGGGGACUGGGUGGCUCUCCUCCCCUUUGCCUUGUUCCGGGUGCGGAACUCACCUUACAUGUUGGGGUUAACCCCCUUUGAAAUUAUGUUCGGGAGACCUCCCCCUAUUGUACCUAGUUUAAAGACUGACUUAAUAGCUGACUUACCUGUUGAUGCUCUAUUUUCCUCCCUUCGACUCCUCCAACGGGUGCACAAGGACAUUUGGAAAUGGCUAGAAGCCCUAUACCUCACCAAGCCACCGCCUGAACCGCAUCGUUUUCGGCCAGGAGAUUGGGUCUAUGUGCGGAGACACCACUCAAGCACCCUCGAACUAUGCUGGAAAGGACCCUACUCUGUCAUCCUAGUCACACCAACGGCCCUCAAGGUAGAUGGUAUCUCAACAUGGGUCCACUUCUCGCAUGUGGGGCCUGCUGAUCCUUUCACAGACCUCCACGAGGUUCUGCCACAAUGGAGAGUCUCCAAACAUCCGGACAAUCCACUCGAGCUAAAACUCCGGAAACGCCCCAAAUAA